CAGGCUCUGUCAUGUGAUCAGCUGUGUCCAAUCACAGCUGAUCGCAUGACAUCUACACUGAUCAUCAGGGCACUGAUGAUCAGUGUAGCCCCAUCAGUGCCACCUGUCAGUGCCCAUAAAUGCCAUCUAUCAAUGCCACAUACCAGUGCCCAUCAGAGCUGCCUUUCAGGGCCAACUAUCAGUGCCAGUCAGUGCCGCCUAACAGUUCCCCUCAGUGCCGCCUAUCAGUGCCAUAUAUGAGUUCUGCCUUUUCAGUGUCCAUCAGUGAUGCCUGUCAAUGCCCACAAGUGAUGUCUGUCAAUGCCCAUCAGUGCCACCUACCAGUGCCUCCUCAUCAGUGCCACCUAUCAGUGCCCAUCACUGCAGCCUCAUCA